UGGAAGUGAAUGUCACAAGCAGGAGAAAGUGUCGGCACUGAGCCACACUGACUCUGCACCCCAGUCCAUUUGGAGAGCAGAAUCCGGAAUAUUCCUUGCCUCUGUCAGCAUGUGGACCUCAGGUUCUGGGGACGAAAGUACCAACUCCUCUGAAUAUGAAAGUGACACUGAGUGUACAAUUCUGGAGAAGGAGCGAGAUGAAGCCAAUCAGAAGCUGUCUGAGAUGGAACUUGCGUCUCAGCAGCUGCUAAAAGAAAUGAAUGCUCUGGAGAUCCAGUUUCAAGUGGAACAAUCAUGCCGGGAGAAUGCAGAGGCAUUUGCCGUCAAGCUAGCAAAAGAAAACAAAACUCUGAAAAGGAGGAGCCAAGCCCUGCUGCCACUUAUCGCUGAACUCCCAGAAAACCUGGAAGCACUCGGUACUGAUGUUGACCAUGACCUGGAUUGUGACUCAAACCUUGACAGUUCGGUUGAUCCUGUAUUGCAGUGCCAGUCUCAGAUCCGAGACCUGCAGGAGUCCCUGGACAAACUUCUGGGUGAGAAGAUGCAGGUGUCAGAACAGAUGGAGGCGCUGAAAAGAGCGCAAACAAUGCUGGAAGAACAGCUGAAUCUGGAGGUUGAGGAGAAAAAUGCCUUGCUGAAGAAACUGAGCAAGCAGGACAAAACUAUCCAAAAAAUGAAACGAGUGUCCCAGCUGGUCUCCCAGGAGUUCAACGACAUGUCCCAGAGACUGGAGCUGGAACAAGGGCUCAGACAACAUGCUGAGGUUUUAGCCCAUCAGAUGCUGGUCAAGCAGAAGGAGAGGCCGAAGCAGAGUGUGGCGUUCAUCCAGAACACAGAGAUGGGCCCACAGAUCCAACAGGCCCUUUCACAGGUGUCCCAGAUCAACAGCAUCCUUGAGCAGAUCCAACUCCAGUACGAGAGCCAACAGAUCCAGGUCCCCCUGGCAGAGAGUGAAGCCCUCUCAGAGUUGCAGAAGAUCCGCAAAGAGUUGGAAACUUGCGAAGCAGAGAAGGAGGUGCUCCAGACACAGCUGAGAGAGUCUCAGAGCACAGUCUCUGAGUUACAGGCAGAGGUGACGUGCCUUCUGGAGAGGCUGAAGCAGCAGGCAGGAAUACAGUCAGACCCAUCAAAAGAUCGAGAUGUAGCUGUUGGCCUUCAGCCACCACCACCACCUCCUCCACCACCACCUCCUCCACCACUACCUCCUCCGCUUCCCCUUUCCACAAUGGCGACCAACCUACUUGAUGCAGUAAAAAAGAAGAAGAAAGCAACAGCUGAGGCCAAGCAACACAAAGGGCCAUCCACAAUGCUGGAAAUGAAGGCCAGAGCUGUGGAUGAAAUGAUGGAGCGCAUCAAGAAGGGUAUUGUGCUGAGACCAAUGGAGAAGCCACAGCAGAUUGGAUCAGAAAAUGAUGCCUGGAGGACUGAGAGAAAUGAGAAAAGGAAAUCUGCAGUGCAAGAGUUACAAGGGAUUUUGGACUCCGUGAGUAAGCGAGGCUACAAAAGAGGAGCCUCACGCAAAAGGUUCAGCCGCAAUAUUGGAGAGGCUGAGCUGCAGGCAGUUUUGCAGAGAAGGAGGAAAGCCCUGGGAGAUGAACAGGACCACAUCAUCCCCCCCAAAACACAAGAUUCAACACCAGUCAACCCUGGAAACAGCUCUCUGCCUUGGGCAGACGAAUGUGGGAAUGCCCCUGUGCUGCGGAGACUGAAACAGAAUCGGGAGAACAGGAAUUCACGUGUUAGGGCUUCGGAGUGCAUAGUUCUGGAAGACAGUUGGGGACUAUGAAGGAGGCAGUGUGUAAGGGGAUGGAAAAGACAGGACAAGGAUGACAAUUGUGUGAAAAUAUGAGGCCUGAU